AUGAUCCAGCAGCUCCAUCACACCCGGCUCAACAGCACCCACCCAUCGGCGGGCGGCACGCGCCUCGUCCCCCGGGUGCUGGCGGAGGCCGCUGACGUAGAGGCGCUGCGACCGGUGGUCAAUGAGGACGGGGAGAGGGUGGUGGGCACUGGGCGAUGCCUAGUCAUGACCAAAGUGGGCGACGGUAAGUCUCUAUCGGAGCACGCAGACAGACAGACACACAGACAGACAGACAACGGGCGACAUACACACACAGAUUCGUGAAUGAAUGUACCUUGUCUGCGCCUCAGGUCUGUCGCUCAAAAAGUUUGCCGAGGGCCGCAACGCCGUUCCCCCGUUCCUCAAACCCACAGCCGCCGUCAACACCAGCCGCGCCAUCCUCGCCCUCCACAACGCCGAGAUCACCCACAAUGACCCGCAUGCGGAGAACUUUUUGAUGGCCGACGAGACGACGGGUGAGGUGGGCGUCAUCGACUUCGAGACGUCACGCGACAUGCGGCAGGCGAGCCCCCCGCCACUCGACAACCGCAUCCGCCCCCCGGCCACGACGGUCGGCAACAUGCAGGCCGUGUUGAAGGAGCGCGCCAUGCGGGAUGAGGAGGUCGGCUACCACGCCGACCUGGUGGCCGUGGCCAGCUCCCUGCUGCCGCUGUGCUGCGACAACUCGGUCCUGUCGGCGGUGGUGUGGAUGGACGCCCGGGACCUGGUGAAGGGGGUUCUGACCAAGUGCGAGGAUGGGCGGCUGAGCAGCAUGGAGGAGGUGACGGCGGCGUACCCGGAGGCCAUCAAGGAGGCCUACACCAAGGCCGUCAAGACCAUCGGCCAGGACGAACGCCUCACCCCGGCCACCCACGCCAUCUCCCUCAAGACGGCAGGCCUCUUCCGCGACGUCUGCAUCGGCCAUGCCGAGGGGCUGGCACCUGAGGUGCUGCGGGCGAAGAUGGCCACCUACUGCGACGAAGUGACGGCGGGUGAGAGAACACUUGUGGUGUGGGUGCAUCCGUGUGGCCAUCUCGCUAUCGCUCUCUCCGUGUGUGUGUGUGUGUGCAGACAUGGUGAAGAUUGCACGUCAAGAAACCACAGCUAUGUAGCGGGGUGUGUCGCCCUCCACGCCACGCCACGCCGACUCCCCUCUUCCACCGUGCGUCGCGCCAGAAGCAGGUCACCGACCCCGACUUUGCCAUGCCCGCCGCAACACGAUCGGUGGCCCUCCCACUCCAGCAGCAGCAGCAGCAGCAGCAGCUCGGUGAGGGCGACGCUGUCCAUCUCAGGGGCACCAUGGACCUGCGUGGCAGGUGUGCCAUGUAAUGUCAUGCUGUGCUGGUGACUUCUUGAUCAUGUGAGUUGACGGGACGCACGUCAGUCCGCCACUGUAACGAUCGUUGCCUACAUUUUAUAUCUGUUGGUUCCGUCUAUCCAUUUCUCUCGCUUUUGCGCGGUGUGUGAUGGGGGCAACGGAGACACACACAUAUGCUGAUCAACUCUAGUCAAAGGUGUGGU